UGCGUUACUGAGCGGUCAGAAUCGGUACAUUCCGCCGCGUUUCGUGCCAUAUAGAGUUCAGAUUUACUCCGUCAUAGCCACCGGUUUUCAGCUUUAUUAGCUUUACUGGUGUGUACUGUUUUUUUGCUGUGCUCCUCGUGUUUUGCUUGAUUUAUUGUUUUGUUACUGAUUGCCAUACUCAGAGUGUUCGAAAACCAUCGAUAAGUCAACGUUUUCCCUUAUCAGAGGCUGGAAAAAGAUCGUGUCAAAGAUGGCAGUGAUCCCUUUCGGCAGAGGAAAAAUGCUUCUUCUGGCCACCUUCUUGCUGACCAGCUGCUCCUCCGUUUAUGCAGCUGCCAAGGUGGGCAAUGCCUGCAAGGUGACGGAUACCUUGCCCGGAAUCUGCCGCACCACCAAGGACUGUGAGCCCCUGAUCGAUGGCUACAUCAAUUCGGGAGUCCUGCGGCUCAACGAUGUGCCCAGCUGUGGCCUCGGCGCUUGGGGCGAGAUCAUCUGCUGCCCCACCACACCAUGCUGCGGAAAUGGUACAAGCACUUCUCCGACGACAAGGAAGAGCGACCCCAUCGUCCGUGUGGAUGUGCCCCGUGUGGAUGUGCCCACGGAGACGACGGACCGUCCAGCGGUGGCAGCAUGCAAGAAGAUUCGGGAACAGAGGAAAGGGAGGAGUGGGAACCAACUGGUCAUCCACAUCGUCGGUGGCCUUCCCGUGGAUCCUGGUGUCUACCCCCACAUGGCGGCCAUCGGGUACAUCACCUUCGGCACCGAAUACCGAUGCGGUGGGUCGCUCAUCGCCAGCCGUUUUGUCCUGACCGCCGCCCACUGUGUGAACAUCAACAUGCCGGCCUUUGUCCGUUUGGGAGCGGUGAAUAUCGAGCACCCGGUCCAACAGUACCAGGAUAUUCCAGUGCGGAACGUCAGUAUCCACCCGCAGUAUGUGGGCGGUAAGUACAACGAUAUCGCCAUCUUGGAACUGUUCGAGGACGUGGUCGAGAAUGACAACGUCCGGCCCGCUUGUCUGCACACCGAUCCCGAAGAUCCGCCGACGCAGUCCAAGCUGUUUGUCGCCGGAUGGGGCGUUCUCAACGUGACCACUCGGGAGCGUUCAAAGAUCCUGCUGCGAGCGCGUCUGGACCUGGUCGGCCUGGAUCAGUGCAACAUAUCCUAUGCGGAGCAGCCCGGCUCCAUUCGGGUUUUGAAGCAGGGCGUCAUCGACUCGCUGCUGUGCGCCAUCGACCACAAGCAGAUGGCCGACGCAUGCCAGGGCGACUCCGGUGGUCCGCUCAUACUGGAGCACAACGUCCAGGACGGCAUCUACACGAUCAUGGGCAUCAUAUCCUCGGGAUUCGGCUGCGCCACCGUCACACCGGGCCUCUACACGCGAGUGACCUCCUAUCUGGACUUUAUCGAGGAAAUCGUUUGGCCGGAUAAUAGGCUGAAGAUGGUGUCGGUGAGAAGGUACUUCCUUCUGGGUCUCCUGAUGCUCGCAACCGCGGUGCAGUCAACCGUCGGGGAUGAGGGUGAUCCGUGCGAGGUGAAGGCGGACAUUCCGGGGAUCUGCCGGGCCUCCUCCGCCUGUGACAAUAUCGAGGGAUACCUCAGGCAGGGUGCCCUGUCCACCAACCAGGUGCCGAGUUGUGGCUUCGGAGCACGCGAGGAGAUCAUCUGCUGCCCCAUCGACCCCUGCUGUCCCACUGACCGAGCUCCCGAUGUGGAGGUCCCUGCCACGAGCUCCGAGCGAAACACGUUUCCGCAGCCACAACCACAUCGAGUACCAGAACCAGAACCAGAACCAAAACCCCUGCCGCCCACGACCACGACCACGACUACCGAACGGACAAAGGCACGGGAAUCUCGGCUGGACGAGAAUCAGAACUUCUUCGACUUCAACAAGCUGCUCAGCACCACCACGGUCAAGCCACAGAAGACCCACGAGUCUUUGAAACUGCCAAGCCAAGAGUCUAUUAAAAGACCCACUCAUGAGUCCAUGAAGAGACCACCACAAGAGUCCAUGGGAAGACCCACCCACGAGUCCAUGGGAAGACCCACCCACGAGUCCAUGGGAAGACCCACCCACGAGGCCAUGGGAAUGCCCAACCACGAGGCCAUGGGGAGACCCACUCACGAGUCCAUGAAGAUGCCCACUCAGAAUGUAGGUGCUUGGGGCAUAGCUCCUCCGAAAACUCCACCCACGCAGACAUCUUGGAUGGAGCCACAGUGGGGUUGGGAAAAUCGCGAGCCCCGGAUUGUGAACCGGCCGCUGAACUUGCCCCACUCGCGACCCCCUAAGCACCAGAAUCCAAAUCCAAAUCGAAAUCCUAAUCGAAAUAAUAACAAUAAUCUCAUACACUUGGUCAACGAUCGGCUGCGGGAGCAGGGAAUGCAGAUCGAGCCGGCACGGGAAGUGCAAGUGGUACCCCAAUUAGCAGUCACUCCAACACCAGCACCCCAAACUCCAGCUCCACCUUCAGCCACGCCCACGAAAGUGAUGGAUCCUUUCGAGCCCUAUCGAUUUCGGGGUGAGGACAGGGACAAGGAGUUGGAGGCGCAACCGGAACCGGAGCCCUGGAAGGAGCCCUGGAAGGAGCCCAGCAAUGAUCUGGACUUUGCCCCAGCCGAGUCGCGUCCGAGGAUGACGACGCCCAGCACGAGUCCCUCCCGGGUCAAUGUUCCGGAAAAGGAGCGACCAGCGGUGGCAGCCUGUACGAAGAUCCGGGCCGGCGAAAGGCCUAUAACAGUUCACAUCCUGGGCGGCGUACCCGUGGACGCCGGGGUCUACCCUCAUAUGGCGGCCAUCGCAUACAACACCUUCGGGACGGUGGAGUUCCGCUGCGGCGGAUCGCUGAUCGCCAGUCGCUUCGUCCUGACCGCCGCCCACUGCGUCAACAGCGACAGCACGACGCCGUCCUUCGUCCGCUUGGGCGCAAUAGCCAUCGAGAAUCCGGCGCCAGGCUUCCAGGACAUCAAUGUGGCUGACAUCAUGAUCCAUCCGAACUACUCGAGCAGCAGUAAGUACAACGACAUCGCCAUCCUGCUGCUGGAAGAGGAUGCCAAGGAGUCCGACAUCAUCCGUCCGGCCUGCCUCUACACGGAUCCCACGAGUCCGCCCAUCGACUCGAAGAUCUUCGUCUCCGGCUGGGGUGUUAUGAAUGUGACCAAUCGCGCCAAGUCGAAGAUCCUGCUGCGGGCGGGUCUGGACCUGGUGCCCGUGGACAAGUGCAAUGCAUCCUUCGCGGAGCAGCCGAGCACCAUCCGCGCCCUGAAGCAGGGCGUGAUCGACUCGCUGCUGUGUGCGGCGGACAAGAAGCAGGUGAAGGACGCCUGCCAGGGCGACUCCGGGGGUCCGCUCAUCCUGGAGACGAACGAGGUGGACGGCGUCUACUCGAUCCUGGGCGUCAUCUCCGCGGGCUUCGGCUGCGCCACCAAGACCCCGGGCCUCUACACGCGAGUGAGCUCCUUCCUGGACUACAUCGAGGGUAUUGUGUGGCCGGCCAACCGCGUGUGAGGAGUCAUUUGAUCUGCAAUAAAUUUAGUUUGAACGGA